AUGUCUGCAAACAACUUCACCGGCACCAACCCCGCGGGCUCCAAUCACCCCACCACAAGCACACACACCACUGCCACUGCCACUACCACUAGUGGCACCAAGGGCGCCGAGGCUGGACAAGGCUUGAAGGGCAUGUUCGCUAAGGGUCACGUAAGUCUUUCGCUCUACGUCUCAAAACCUCCUUCUGACGAGUCUGCANNGGGCAUCGGCGAGUCUAUUCGUGGCAAUGUCAACGCUGCCAUUGACGGCUUCACUGGCGACAACGCUUCCCUGGCAAAAAACGAGAAAGUCGCACGCGGAGGUGAACAGGAGUUCCAAACUGGCGACUUUGUCAGAAGAGGAACCACCGACAAGGCCCUUUAG